CGCGUCACUUCCGGCCGCCGCCGCCAAAGCUGCCCCGCGCCGCCGCCGGGCCGGGCCGGGUUCCGAGAGCCCGAACCCCCGCGGGCGGGCGGACGGACGGACGGACGGAAGGCGCCGCCGAGCGCCGCAGCGGUGCUGGCCAUGGCCGCCACCGUGAACCUGGAGCUGGAUCCCAUCUUCCUGAAAGCCCUGGGCUUCUUGCACUCCAAGAGCAAGGACUCUGCCGAGAAGCUGAAAGCACUGCUGGACGAGUCCCUGGCCCGGGGCGUCGACUCCAGCUACCGUCCCGCCCAGAAGGACGGGGAGCCCGCCAAGCUGUCGGGCACGAAGCCUGUUUCCACUAAGCAGGAGCCCAAGCCGGCGUCCGCCCUCCCGCCCGGCGGCAGCAAUGGCAAGGCCCUCGCCACGGACAAGGCCAAGAAGGAGGCCGAGAAGAGACCGGCCGACAAGAUGAAGCCCGACGUCGCGGAAGGGCCGGAUGUCCCCAAGAAGCCGCGGCUGGAGAAGCCGGAGACGCCGUCCGCGCCCAUCACCGUGCAGAGCAGCCGCGACCUGGCCACGGCCGACCUCUCGGGCUUCGAGGAGACCAGCGCCGACGACUUCGCCAUGGAGAUGGGGCUGGCCUGUGUCGUCUGCAGGCAGAUGACGGUGGCGUCUGGCAACCAGCUGGUGGAGUGUCAGGAGUGCCACAACCUCUACCACCAAGACUGCCACAAGCCGCAGGUGACCGACAAGGAGGUGAACGACCCGCGGCUGGUGUGGUACUGCGCCCGGUGCACCAGGCAGAUGAAGAGGAUGGCGCAGAAAACUCAGAAGCCGCCGCAGAAGCCCUCCCCCACGGUCACGUGUGCCGCCCCCACCGUCAAAGACCCGCUGGUGAAGAAGCCCGAGCUCAAGCUCAAGCCGGAAACGACCUUCCUGGCCUUCAAGAGGACAGAGGUCAAGCCGUCCACGGUCGUCUCCGGAAACUCCUCCAGCGCCGGCGUUUCCUCAUCGGUGACCAGCGGCCUCACGGGCUGGGCGGCGUUCGCGGCCAAGACUUCCUCUGCGGGGCCGUCCACAGCCAAGCUGAGCUCGGGGGCCCCGAGCAGCAGCGGGAAGCCGGCCCCCGCCUCGGCCAGCCAGAAGCCCGUGGGCCUCACCGGCCUCGCCGCCUCCUCCAAGGGCGGCCUGGGCGCCAAGCUGGGCUCGGGGGGCGGCUCGGCCCCCGCCGCCCCCCUGAAGCCACCGCCGCCGCUGACGCUGGGCAAGGCGGGCCUCAGCCGCUCAGUCAGCUGCGACAACGUCAGCAAGGCUGGCCUGCCCAGCCCCAGCGGCCUGGCGCCCGGCGGCCAGCUCGGAGGCAACGGCGCGGGGGGCCCGUCGGGGCCGGGGGGCAGCGCCACGGGCAAGGCGGCCUCCGAGGCGGGCGGCGCGCCCUCCGCCUCCCUCAAGGGACCCACGUCCCAGGAGUCGCAGCUCAACGCCAUGAAGCGGCUGCAGAUGGUGAAGAAGAAGGCCGCCCAGAAGAAGCUCAAGAAGUAGCGGCUGGCGCCGGGCCCCUCCCCACC